CCCGCCCAGCCGCCUUCCUCUCCGCGCGCCAAAGUCAAAGUGCGGGUCCCGCCGGCGCGAGAUUGACGCUACAACCCCGAGCCGCCGGUACCGCCGUGUUCCUGCAGGUCCCGCGCCCGAGCCGUCUGGAGCGAGGCAUGGCCACCCCACCUAAGAGGUUCUGCCUUUCUCCCUCGACCCGCAUCAAGAAGGUCUCCAUCGAGGGGAACAUCGCUGCUGGGAAGUCAACGUUUGUGAAUAUCCUAAAGCAAGUCUGUGAGGACUGGGAGGUGGUUCCUGAGCCUGUCGCCAGGUGGUGCAAUGUACAGAACACUCAAGAUGAAUUUGAGGAAUUGACAACGUCUCAGAAGAGCGGUGGGAAUGUUCUUCAAAUGAUGUAUGAGAAACCUGAACGGUGGUCUUUUACCUUCCAAUCAUACGCCUGUCUCAGCCGGAUCCGAGCUCAGCUUGCCUCUCUCAAUGGCAAGCUCAAAGAUGCAGAGAAACCUGUAUUAUUUUUUGAACGAUCUGUGUAUAGUGACAGGUAUAUUUUUGCAUCUAAUUUGUACGAAUCUGACUGCAUGAAUGAAACAGAGUGGACGAUAUAUCAAGACUGGCAUGACUGGUUGAACAGCCAGUUUGGCCAAAGCCUUGAGUUGGAUGGAAUAAUUUAUCUUCGAGCCACUCCAGAAAAAUGCUUAAACAGAAUAUAUAUACGGGGAAGAAAUGAAGAACAAGGCAUUCCUCUUGAAUAUUUAGAGAAACUUCACUAUAAACACGAAAGCUGGCUCCUUCACCGGACUCUGAAAACCAACUUUGGUUAUCUCCAAGAGGUGCCUAUCCUCACACUGGAUGUUAAUGAAGACUUUAAAGACAAACACGAAAGUCUGGUUGAAAAGGUCAAAGAAUUUUUGAGUACUUUGUGAUUGCACAGGAGACAACAAAAUGUUUCCAGAUACUUCAGUUUUUUGUAUUACCAUUGCUUGUGAUUCAUACAAAAGCCUUUACAAGAUUCAAGUUUUUAAACCAUUUUUUGUUUUAAGAAAAACCCCUUUUCUUUAUAUAUGUAUAUAUAGUUUAUUUAAUAUUUGUAAUCGUGUGUAAGACUUUGCGUUCCUCCUUUACUCCCUUACAUUCUUCUCUUCUGCUUGUCUUUCCACAGUUUUACAUCAGGGGUGUGUAUAUCUCACCACAGGAAGUCUGGAGGUAGAUUUUCCUAGAAUCAGUGCAGUGAGUGGAUAGAUGCUCCAACAGGCCCCGCCCUCUCUGCCUUCUCAGUUGUUAUCCUGAGUACAAGCUGAGAAGUGGAGUUUGGGGAGUCCCUGGAGCAGGGGUGAGGAGGCGUUUGCUUGGUUUUCUUCCUGUUCCUUUUGGUUUUGUUGGAGAUGGAAGCUCUACAGAACUCUCUCCAGCCUUUGAUGUUUUGUUUUCAUUAAGUGCCUCUCCUGCUCUGCUUAAUGGUGAGGAUAGGCCCAUGCUAGCGUCACCACAGUUCACUACUGUGUCUGGUGCGUUUGUAGAGGAGGAGGGUAAACUCUUUCCCGUUUGGUAUUGGUAUCACUCUAUAAGUGUUUUAAUCUUUAAUCUGUUUCUUUGUCUGGGAUGAGUACUCAGUUUUAUUUACGUAAAAUUUUGGGCCAGAAGAAAUCUUUGUUUAAGAGGUAGCUAAGCUAAGAAGUUUAUUUCCUGAGUAUAAAGCUUCGUUAAAAUAGGUACUGCUUUCCUCAGACGACUGCAGUUAAAAUGCUUGUUUAAAUUAGAUUUGUUUUUUUUAAAGAUAGGGUCUCUACACACCCCUAGCUGUCCUGGAACUCACUAUGUAGGCCAGGCUGGCCUGGCCUUGCUUGCACUCACAGAGAUCCUCACUCUGCCUCCCUCCCUAUUCCCACCGCUCAGAUAAGGUGUGUAACACCACACCUGACUCCGGUUUUUUUUUAAAUCAUUUGAGGUGCAAGUACAGAUUUUCCUAUUUUUCUUUUAGUUUCCUAACUCAAUUUCUUUAGUUUUCGUGAAAAAUGAUGAUAGAACAGGUGAAGGCUUUCCAUUUUUCCCCGUAGGGCCUGUGUUGAUGAGUGGUUCUCUCUUUAGCUUUCUACGUGGUGAGACACUGAGAAGCCUCUCCGUCCGAUCAACCCCACCUCUCACCACACGGCAGACAUGUUCCCUGCUCUGUCUGAAGUUAGUGGAGUCUGCCGACUUGAGAUUUAAGUCACAUUUCUGCCGAGAGUGCUGUGGUCACACUGUGCUUCGUAGAUUGCUUGCUUUGUAGAAUUUUUUCUUAAUUUUUUUUUGUAGUCACAGAGAAAUUACUGAUAAAGCGAUUUUUCUUUAUAUUUAGUGCAUCAUGGAAAUGUUACAAUUUUGUUGAACUAGGAAAUAAAAUUAACAAAUACCGUGUGGCUUAAAGCUCCCAUUAAUAAUGCCUGUAUCUCUAAACUGCUUUCAUGUUUAGUUGUAAAGUAUGCUUAUGUAUAAUUAACGAAGGUUUUUUCCUUUUUAUUGUUUUUUUUUUUUGUCCGCUGUAGUUUUUAAAGUUAUAAUGUACAUUAUUUCUACCAAGUAAUUAACCUAUCUAAUUCAUAUUAGGGAAAAUUAUAAUUUCUUGAAACAAAGAAUUGCAUUUAUUUUGAAGCUCUAAUUUUUCUUUCUAAAAUGUUACCUUUUAUUUUUGGUUUCUUAUUUGAAGAUGAUAAUUUAGUGGGUUAGCACGGACAGUAGCCCUGACCUUUGAAAAGAGGACGCAAUUUCAAGUCUGUAAUAACCAUAACCCAUUUUGUGAUAUUUGUGAUGUUGUUUUUUUGUUGUUGUUGUUGUUUGAUAUAAAUAAAUUUGCCAAUUUAAAUAUUUGUCAAUAAAUGAAUUUAACUUCCUCGAA